GAACGAGUAAUGUCAAUUCAGUAACUUGCGUGUGCAUACAAGUCGUGAAUUUUACAAACCAAUACAAUUUUUAUAAAAUAAAUAACAGAUCAAGUGACCCCAAGUGAUGGCUGGGAAGCUGAAUAAAUUUGAAACGCCCAGCUCUGCCAGCUCCGAUAGGUAAAGCGAGUGUGUUAACCUUAAGAAAUGUUUAUUUAAACAGCUGGCCAGUGUUAUAAAAAAUGCGCUGUUGAAGAAUCGUUUUCAGUGUUGGCUUAGUCAUCCUGCAGUCUACCAAGUGUUUUCGCGUGUCGUGUUUUUGUGCUAAUCGUAACAUAUCAUAAUUCGUGGAAGCAACGUUGCAUUAUAACCUCUGCACACAUUGUGAUAUUUUUAGAAAAUCAUUUAGUUCAUUGGCAGCUCGCUUCUCGCUGAAUAAUCGUGUCGUGAAAACACGUGGUCGGCACUGAACGUGCCCUAGCACGCCGUGUUGGGAAUAGCAAGAGAUGGAGACAGGUUCACUGAUCUUCCCAAACCCCGACACAGAACUUGCUUUGGAGCUGAACGAGCCAGUGUUCCUCGAGGAUGACGACUACGCGACGCGGGCGCCCGCCUCCCCCACCACGGUACCCAACGUGAGACCCUACAGACCUCCUUCCACAGGUUCAAAUAUCCUAAAGUCCCCGCGAGCGCGUCGCGUGCGCACCACGUCGAUGUCGCAGCCGAACAAGCGCACGACGGCGGAGAGCAUCCUGCACGCGGACCGACGCACCAUCUACACAGCCGGCCGCCCGCCCUGGUACAACUGCACCGGCGGGCAGGAGGUCGAACCGUUCCUUAUUGGUAUUUGCGGCGCUAGUGCGUCGGGCAAGACUACGGUGGCCACCAAAAUCAUAGAAUCUCUCAACAUACCAUGGGUCACUAUCGUCAGUAUGGACUCAUUCUACAAAGUGCUAAAUGAGAAACAGCAUCAGGCAGCUAACCGCAAUGAAUACAACUUCGAUCACCCGGACGCGUUCGACAUCGAGCUGUUGAUCUCAGUGCUGCAGCGGCUGAGGGAGGGCAAGAAGGUGGAGGUGCCCAUCUAUAAUUACGUCACGCAUUCAAGGGAGAAUAGGACUAAAACGAUGUACGGUGCGAACGUGAUCAUCUUCGAGGGCAUCCUGGCGUUCUACAACGCGGAGGUGACCAAGAUGCUGGACAUGAAGGUGUUCGUCGACACCGACGCGGACAUACGGCUCGCCAGGAGACUAAGGAGAGACAUAGUGCAGCGCGGGCGCGACCUAGAGGGCGUGCUGAAGCAGUACAUGACGCACGUGAAGCCUGCGUACCAGAGCUACAUCGCGCCCUGCAUGGCGCACGCCGACAUCAUCGUGCCGCGCGGCGGCGAGAACAAGGUCGCCAUACAUCUCAUCGUGCAACACGUGCACAAACAGCUGCAACUGCGCGGCUUCAAAGUGCGUGAGAAGCUAGCCAUCGCCCACAUCGGACAGCCCGUGCCGGACUCACUCUAUGUACUUAAGGAAACUCCUCAGGUCCAAGGCCUACACACAUUCAUCCGCAACAAGGACACUCCGCGCGACGAGUUCAUAUUCUACUCGAAGCGGCUGAUGCGGCUGGUCAUCGAGUUCGCGCUGUCCCUGCUGCCCUACUCCGACCUGGUGGUGGACACUCCGCAGGGGUUCUCCUACAAGGGCCGCAAGUGUGACGUGGAGAAGAUAUGCGGCGUCUCCAUCCUACGGGCCGGCGAGACCAUGGAGCAGGCCGUCUGCGACAUCUGCAAGGACAUCCGCAUCGGCAAGAUACUUAUACAGACCAACCAACAGACUGAUGAACCAGAGCUAUACUACCUCCGGCUGCCGAAGGACAUCAAGGACUACCGCGUGAUCCUGAUGGACGCGACGGUGGCGACGGGCGCGGCCGCCAUCAUGGCCAUCCGCGUGCUGCUGGACCACGACGUGCCCGAGCACAACAUCUCGCUCGUCUCGCUGCUCAUGGCCGAGAUCGGGGUCCACUCCAUCGCGUAUGCUUUCCCACAGGUUAAAAUCGUAACAUCAGCCCUAGACCCGGAGAUUAACGAGAAGUUCUACGUGUUGCCCGGUAUCGGGAACUUUGGGGACCGCUACUUCGGCACGGAACCGGCCGACGAUGAGUGAGGCCCUCUCACCAUAAACUACAGAGUUAAUCGUCUAUGGAACCACAGGUAACUAAUAAUUGUCCUACCAGCCUCGAAAAGGAGAAUAAUGUUAUUUAUUUUCGAUUUUAAAACAUGUUUCUGUGUUUACUUUAAUACUAAUGGCAUUGUUAGUCAUAACCUUGUGAUUUUGUUUUUUUUAUUUUAAAGUUAUGACUAAGCAGUCUUUUGUAGCUGUGGUUAAUAGUUAUGAAAUUGGUAAUUCAACAUUGAAUGACCAAUGUAUUGACUUUAUUUAUGAGCUUUUGAAUUUAAUUAUGAAUGUACUGAAAUUUAUUACGGACUUGAAUAUUCUAAUUGUAAGAAAUAACCUUGAGGCCCUCGUAAAAGACGAUUAACAUCUAAGCUAUAAGGGCUUGCGCGUAUCCUAGUGAAAUUAGUGUACAAAUGUAAAGCUGACAUUUGUAUAUAAAAAAAACGACAAAAAAAUAUGCAGAGCUGCAUAAAUGUAAAUGCCACGGAGUAACGAACAAAUGGAGUGCUAAGUUGACAUAAUAUGGAAUGAAAUCUAUUCUCAUGUCACUCUUGAUGUGCUCGUCUUUAGAUGGUGUAAUCUCUCCAUUUGUUAACUAACCCGUGGUGUGUAAUUUUAGUGAAUAUAGUUGUGGACUGGCCCCGUGUAUUUAUUUAAUAAUCGUAAUGUUUACACAAUUGUAAGUAAGUUCGGCAUUUUGCUAUGGAAGUGGUGGGCAAGUUUUUAGUACCUCAAGUGUAUUCCCGUCCAUAGAUAGGGUAUAGACAAACACUGCCAGUUAUAGCAAGUUAUUACACUUUUAGAAGCAUAUAACGCACACCAUUUUUGCCUUUUUACGAUAAAAUAAAAUCAUUGUAAGCUAUAGAAAACCCAAGCACUCACGUUACAUACAAAAUUAAACCUUAUCGACAGUCAUUACACGUAACUUCAUAAUUUCCAAUCGAUCCGUAUCUACCUUACAUGCUAAUUUCAACCUAAAGACCGUCACAAAUCACCUUUAUUCUCUAAAACACUGCAAGAUACAAUAAGGCUCAAAUUACCAUAGCAACAUGAAUACAUAAUAUUCACUUAUAUGUUAUACACGGAGGAACUAAGGACGUAACGGUUGUAUUGAUAUCUAGUCUGUACUAAUGUAACGUUAACGUACAAGUCGCCUCGAUCUCCAGUCGCCAGGAUCUAGCUUAAAAUAUAUGUGGAGCUACGUAAAACCAGAAUAUAUAGAAAUGAUAGAUAUUUACCUACUUCAAAUACCGCAAAACAAGUUACGUAAAACUAUCCAAGAAAUCGCAUACAGUAAAUAUAUUAUAAUGUCAGAAAUAAAACUAAAAUAGAAUAAUAAGUUAUUAAUACAGUAACAAAACGGGUUAUAUGUUUAAAAUUACUACUCUCGGUUUCACCCGUUCUGCUUAGCCACUAUUGGUCCUAGCGUAAUGUUUAACCUUCCUCGACAAAUGGACUAUCCAACACAAAAAGUUUUUUUCAAGUCGGACCAGUAGUUCCGGAGUAUUCCGACUAUGAAGCAGCAAUAAGAUCAUUUUAGUAAUAUAUUUUUAUUAAUCAAUACACCAUAUCCACAUUAAAACGUAAUAAAAUAUUAAUAAAUAUUUAUUUAAAGCUAGUGUACAGCUCACAGCUUGGCUUCAACAAGCGAGUCACAAAUAUAUCAUGUAGUGGUAUUGUAGCCAAAGAGUAGUUCCUAUCGAACUAAACGUAUUGUAGGGAACAAAUACAUAUACUGUCGUUUUAAUGCUGUUUUGGGAACACACGAUGAUAUUUGUAAAGUCAAUAAAACUUAAACAUAAUUAAAUAAAACUUAAUAAUGAUUUCACGCCCAAUAUUUAUCGAAACGAGAGCGCGUUCGGCGCUCUGUACACUUAGUACUAAUUUGCAUUACGUUGAACGAAAACGAAAUGAGAGCGCAUUCGACACUCCGAUUGGUUGGUUCAUUCGAACCGGCCAAUCACAGCGCCGAACGCGCCUACGUUUCGAAUGAACCAACAAACGUAAAGCAAACUCGUACUAAGCCCUCUGACAUAUUUCAACUUACUUUUUCACGUAAUUAAAAAUGUAAUUUACUAUUUACCUUGUUCAUAUACGUGAAUUUAACUCUCAAACAAUAAAAUAUUAUGGGAAAAUGUACUUAAUAUCAUAGGUGAUACGUGUUGUUGUCGUGUGCACCCAAAAGGCAUUAUUGAAAAAACAUACUUCCAUAGUAACUUGCCCAAUCGGCUGAUAACUAGACUGGUAUACUAAAUCGAAUUAUACGGAAUAACUGGGUUUGGUAGAAAGGGAAUACUGACAAACAAAUCCUUUGAAAACUGCAAUACGAAUUGCAGAGAAUAUACAUAUAUUUUUUGAAAAGUGCAAUUCAAUCUGAGAAAUAUUUAUUUAAAGCAUUAACUGCCGAAAGAAAAUUGUUGAAGGCAAAUCCUCCGCUAAGCGUCAGUCACUAGUGUCCGACUUGGCGGUAAACGUGAUAAUAGGGCAUCACAAUAAAGGAAUUCAUAGACAAUGUCAUAUUAGACUAUAAUUUUCUAAAUGACAGCAUCUAUUAUUUUCUUAACGACUAAAAUAUUUCUGUUUUUACUACAGUCAUGAUAAAACUAUGAAAAAUAUAUAGUAAGUUAAAUUAUACCAAUAUCUUCGGUAUUCCCUUUCUAGCAAGCCCUUAUCAUAUUAACGAGUACGUAAAUAUCUAACGUUGCUUUUAAUUUAAAUUGUGAUUACAUUGACGUUGUGAAUUCUUGUAAUCAAUUCGUCGAUCUAUUAUUGUAAUAAUUAAAUUCUUAUUAAAUGUAUAGAUUUUCAUAAUCUGCUUUCUACUUGAAGUCAAGUUUUAAAUUCUGUAUUGCACAUUGAUUUUAGUAUGUUAGUUACUGUAUUUAGUUUAAUAAUUAAUGGUUUGUAUUUAGUCAUCAAGCAUUUUUAUUGUAACUUUCAUAGCAUAAUAUUAUCUUUCAUUUGUAGUAUUUUAAUAACCAUUGAUUAUUAAAUUGACUACAGUACAGCAUACUGCGUCUGCAAUAGAUUUUCGACUUAAUUACUAAAUGGAUAGAGUUGGAAAUCUAAUAAUGAUGUGACAGAUUAGAGUAGUUCAAUCUGCAGGUGUCUUAUAAAAGUAUAAUUUGUUUGUACAUCUUUCCAGCAAUAAUUUUGUUCCCUAUGAAAGAAGAGCGAAAUAUUUUUGUAAUUCUGUAUUUUUGCUAUGGAAUCUUUCAAGAAGUCACGUACUCUACCUGAACAAGAGACUUUGUUUGAAUUCAGGCGAGUGAUGAAACGAUAAUGAACCUUAUGUCUACUUUUACUUCCAAAUAUAACGACUACGCGAUAUCACAAUGUCAUUAAAGGCGAUAAUCGUUUGUAGUCACAUCACAAGCCAGUACAGUUUCAUUCCUAAAGUGUAAUUAUCUUUAUGUUCUGCCAUUUUGUUCCUUCAGUAUUAGGAUUUACUUGCUAUUUUCCAAUGAAAUGUUUUAUGAACCUUUUUUAUAUGUAUAUAUUAGAGGAAUUGGCAUUUUGUUAUAAAUUAGGAGACCUCGCUUUGUGAAAUGUGAAAUGAAUUCUAUCAUGAUAUUAUUUAGUGUAAUUUUAAUUAUUUAUUUUUGGCAGUAUUCGUGUACUGUGCUUAGGUAUAAGUUUGUAGUUUGUAAGUCGACACUUAAUGAAUGUGCUUAAUUUUUUUACUAUGUUGGCGUCGCCAUUUUUAUUUUAGUUUUAUUUUUCUGUAAAGAUGUAGGUUGUUCUACCUUACAGAGGAGUCGGGCGCCGAACUCGAUUAUUAUUUAUAUUAUUUUAAUGAAAUACUAAGUUAUUAUGUAAAGAGAUGAACAGAGCGGUUACUGUGGGUUUCCGCUAAAUAUUUCACUCGAAUUUAAUCUUGCAAGUGAUAAUUUUAUGACUUGUAACAAAUGAAAUAUAUGACGACUUGCUUCCAAGCUUUGUGGCUCUUUGAACCCCGACAACUUUAUCAUCAUUCAUCAUCAUACAAUAUAUACUUUGUGAUAAAGUAUUUCAAAAGUCAAUUUAAACGUGUUACAUAUAAAUAUGCAUUUAAAAAAUAUAACCAGGCUUAACUUCCAAUAAGUUGUUGUGGGUUCAGAUAUUCAAGAAACAAAUAUAUACACAUUAUACAUGAUUGCACAAUCGCGUGUACAAUAUAUACAUAAUUUGUAUCUAUAUAUAGCUACUGUAUAGAACGUAAGUCGCUGUGAAUAUUAUGAGAAAAAAUACAAAAAAAAAUCCAAGAAAUAAUCUGAAAAUACGAUGCAAAAUGAAAUAAAACAGAUUGAAAUAUUUA